AUGCCAAAAAUGUCAACACGAACAACGGCCUUGAACAAAUUGUCACCAUCCCCGCAAACGCCUUCAGUACAAAAAUCACAAAAACAGAGCAUCAUUGAAGAGCUAACAUUACGACUAAGAGAAUCGGAAGAGCGAGUAAUGGAGCGAUUCAGUGAGUUUUCAGCGGAUGUUACGAACUUGAAGUCGGCAGUUAAGCACAUGGAAGAGCACGUAAAAAAAACUGAACUGAAAUGUGCUAAUGUAGACAAAUUGCGCAGCGAGGUAUAUGCACUCACCGAACAACUAAAUGUAUAUGAGAACAGCGCAAUAUCAACAGAUGUGAUUGUUAGCGGGUUGCCUAUAAGGAAAGAUGCGGACAUUCUAAAUGAUUUCUCCAAGCUAUGCAAAACGCUUCAAAGAGCAUUGCAACUGCUAAUAUGUAAAAACAAAAACAUUUAUGCGUUAUUGGCCGUUUGUGAUGCCAAGUAUACUUUCACUGCAGUAAGUAUCGGGAGUUAUGGUAGUCAGAGUGACGGAGGCAUUUUUCAACUUUCAUCGUUUGGACAGAACUUGAUGCAAAAUACUUUGCCACUACCGCCUCGCGCGCGUAUAUCUAUGGAAUCGCCUCAACCAUUACCACAUUUUUUCGUUGGUGAUGCUGCAUUCCCAUUGAGAACAAACUUGAUGCGUCCAUAUCCGGGUUUUAACUUACCAAUAACCAAGCGGAUUUUUAAUUAUCGCCUUUCAAGAGCGCGUAGAGUAAUAGAGAACAGCUUUGGAAUAUUAACGGCGCGAUGGAGAAUUCUUCGCACCACGAUUGAAUGUGACCCUAAAAAUUGCGAAAAAGUAGUGCUAGCCUGCAUUGUUUUACACAAUUUUAUAAUUUUAAACGAUCACAAUCGUUGGUAUUGCCCUGAAAAUUAUGUUGAUCGACAAGAACCAGGCAGCAUCGUUCAUUGUGGGGAAUGGCGACGAGAAAUUAAUAGUGAAUCGUCAUUACCACGUAUACGGACUACAAUUCGGAGAGCCUCAACAAAUGCAUUUAAUAUCCGCGAUAGGCUUGCUGAUUAUUUCAUAAAUGAAGGAGCUUUACCAUACCAAGAUGACAUAGACCUUUCCAUUGGCGGACCCUACAUAUAA